CAAACAUACGAAUUGGGGUGACUCAACUGGUUAAAUAUUAAAGUUAUUAGAAUCUAUUAAAAAGCAACCAUGAAUAGUAAACAAGACGCCGCCUUUGAUCUUCACAGUUAAACCGAACAGUACUCUCACCACCGCCGCCCUAUUAUACGUCGUCGCUCACCACCACCAACCUGUACGCCGCAGCUCGCCACCACUACCCUGCUCUUCCUUCUCUGUUAACUACCGUCGCAUACCUGCUUUGCCUUCUCCGUUCACCUUCGAAGUGUACACACUCAACUUCCGGAGGGUAUCUCACAUCAAGUUUUACUUUUAAUGGGGCCAAGAUGGAAAGGAAAAGGGUCAGAAGCAAAAGCCCUUGAAAAUCCCAUGUCAAAGACGAUUUCAGAUCUUCAAUCUUCUCUAAUCAAAUCCUAUUCUUCAGGAAUUCUAUCAGGCUAUAGUGUACUUCUUGCAAGUAAUCCUGACCAAAUUGACCUUCUAAAUCAAUCCUGUUUUGGUAAACCAAUUACAACAAUUGAUAAAGAUAAACAAUGGUUUCAGUUGACAUUAGAAGAAGCCUUUUAUCUAUCGUUUUCUCUAAAUUGUAUAAAGAUUGUAACUGGUGAUAAUAUUAUAAAAACAAAUAACGAGUUAUGGGAUUACAUGAUAUCCAAAAGGGAAUCUUUCCCUGAUUUCUUCAAAGCUUAUUCUCAUUUAAGAGCCAAAAAUUGGGUUGUGAGAUCUGGGUGUCAGUAUGGUGUUGAUUUUGUGGCAUAUCGUCAUCAUCCUUCACUUGUUCACUCGGAAUACGGUGUGUUGGUGUUCUCUGACAGGAACCGGAAUGGAAUUGGAGAUUUGAAUCGGAAUCGGAAUUGGAAUGAUAGAUUGAGGGUUUGGUCUGAUUUUCAAUGCACGCUUCGGCUUUCUGGUAGUGUUGCAAAGACAUUGUUGAUUCUUUAUGUGAAGAACAAAAAUGGUGAAAAUGGGAUUGUGAAAGAUUCACUUUGUUGUUUAGAGAAUUAUAGUGUUGAAGAGAGAACAAUUACAAGAUGGAAUCCAGAGAGGUGUAGAGAGGAUCAAGGGAAUGUGGAAAAUGGGAACAAGGAAGUUAAUUUAAUCUAAAUGCAAGAAAUGACAAUGUACUUUCAUUAAUAUUUUUUUUAUUAUAGCAUUGUACUCUCAUUUAUGUGUUUAUUAUAACAUCCUAUUUUUCA